UAAUUUUCUUCCUUAGUUUUUAAUUUCACGAAACGGUGAUGAAUAUAAUCAUCUCGAAUAUAUGUAUAUACGAAUGUAGGAGGGAAUAUGAGCACACCAACCAACCACCAACGAACCUCUUGAAAUUCAUCCGAACUCUAUCAGGCAGUGACCUGACCAGUAGCUAUAGAGCACCGGUUCGACUACCAUUACAAUACUAUCAGGCAGUCCAUGAGCUACGUUACUGUUCACAGCGUUUGCAGUAAGACACAGACGUAGUCUGAAAUCUGAAAGUCAGAAAUCAUCGAGACGAGACCACCAGGAAUGAAUGAAAAUAAUGAGACAGACUAACAUGGAGGUUAGGUGGACGCGUCUCACUAUAUAUACUGAGAGUCGGGAGACUAGACGACGAAUCUGACGAAUUGGAAAGAAGAAAAUCUAUAUAUGUCAAAGAACUCAGUGUAUGCCUGUACGUCUGAAUCAAAAUCGUUUUUUCCCCGUGAUUGUUUACACGAGUAUUUAUUCCGGUCAUUCCGGUACGUUCCGUGAUUAUUACAUACGUUUUUUGGUCGUGUAAUUGACCAUAAUGGAUGAGGCGUCGUCGAGUGAAAGAAGAUGUAACAAAGAGUGUAGAGAGAAAUUUUUAGCCGAGAUUUUAAAGAGCGAGAGUGAAAAAUCUACGCAUUUCAAUGUGCUUACAAGAGAAAAAUACAUGGAAUUAAUAAAAGAAGUUGAAGAGGCUCAAAAAACUGAGAAGAAAACAUCGCUUCAACAAAGACGAUUAAAACGUUUUAACAUCCUAGAAAUCGGUGGUUUAAAAAAAUUAGUUGCACGAAACGAUGGGAAUGAAAAUAUUAAGUAUUAUCUGUCAGCUGAUGAAGUCUACGACGUUAUAUAUACAGCUCAUGUGGCUGUGGGUCAUGGUGGUCGUGACAGAAUGUCAGCUGAAACAUCAAAGAAAUUCGCGAAUAUUACUAAAGAAAUGAUAUGCCUUUUUUUAUCAAUGUGCCAAGUCUGUCAGCAAAAGAAAACAAAGAGAAAAAAUUGCUGUACCUCCAAUAAACCAGUUUUACACACUGAUAUGAUAACGAGAUGUCAAGUCGAGCUUAUAGACUUCCAAACACAGGCAGACGGUAAAUUCAAUUUCAUCCUAGUCUAUCAAGAUUGUACUACCAAAUUUGUUCUGCUUCGUCCACUAGAGUCCAAGAAAGCUGAAGAGGUUGCUUACCAUUUAAAUGAUAUAUUUCUAACUAUAGGAGCACCGUGCAUUGUCCAAUCUGACAUUGGAAAAGAAUUUGUUAAUGAAAUUAUUUGUGAACUGAACAGGCUGUGGCCGGAGUUGAAAAUCAUUCCAGGGAAAGCGUGCCAGAGUCAAGGCCCCCUUGAAAGAGCCAAAAACAUUAAAACAAUGCUAAGCUCUUGGUUGAGCGACAAUCAUACUACAAGGUGGUCCGAAGGCUUGCGGCACGUACAGUUCAUGAAGAACCGAGCUUUCCAUCCCAGCAUUAAACAGUCACCUUACAAAGCUAUGUUCUCUACCGAACCCAGAGUUGGUCUUUCCUCUACUCUUUUACCACCGGAGUUAAUCAAAGAAAUACAAAAUGAAGAAGAUCUCAAUAAACUUUGUGGCGAUGAAAAUGAAAAUGAUACCGAAUCGUCGAAUAAUGUUUCACAGUCGGAUGAAAAAUCUUUUUUCAUUGCCAAAGAUGUUCAGAAAGCCAGAACUAUCAACACAGAAAAUCUUGAAAAACAAGCUAAGAAGAUGAAAACAAGUAGCAAUGAUUCACAUUCGUCCAAUGACGUUGCUGAAAACCCAACUUCUAUACCUGAUUUAUCCCUUUGGAACCAAAUUUGGCGGUCCACCGAUAUUGUGCUUCAGAACGGGGCUUAACACCUGCGAACAAAGGUUCAUAUUGGUGGAGCAGAAAAACCGAUAUAUGCCCGUUUUCUCCAACGUUAAUCCGAGUUCAAAUUCGGUUCAUCCUAUCUCGAAACUAUUGCCCGUUUUUUCCAACGUUAAUCUGAGUUUAAACUCGGUUCAUCCUAUCUCGAAACUAUAUGAAAAAAAUUAAACUGAGUUUGAACCGCGUCAGAGAAAACGGCCAUAUAUGAAAAAAAUUGAACUGAGCUUGAACCGCGUCGGAGAAAACGGCCAAUAUUCUAUCAUAGUAUCUAUCAUAGUACUAAGUAACGACGUUAAUAAUUGUAAAAUAACGAAAUUCAGCAUAAAUUUGAUCAGACUUUCCUGAUGCAUGACUCAUUACUGAUUUCUUUGCGUUCAUGGUAACCGUAACUUCAAACACAACGACGUAAAGUUUUUCGGCGUAAGUGUGUUAAACGCCGAACUGGUUUCUGCUAUGCCAAACUUAUCCAUCCAUCGCACUAUAUGCCUUGAAUAAAAAGGUUUCAAGUUGCCUCAGCCAGAUAAUUCUGUACCGGUACCGGUGAAACUGGCUCGAUCCAGCCAAAACCAGUUUCUCCUGAGUUCGAGGUUCAUUGCAGUUUAAUCUAGUUCGAACCACGUUUAACCAGUUGGUCCGAACCGCUGUGUGAGAGUUUGUUUUCAUCGAAACAGCGUUUAUUAUUGAAGGUUAGCGAACAAAGUGUAAAAGAAUCUUAACCGCGCGUACAUGGUUUGUUCCCAAAAAAAUGGCUCGCUUCUGCAAAUACAGAAAAAAGGAAAUCUUCAAUCAUAAAAUAUAUUCCAAUGAAUCGAAUGCCAAUUUUUGAUGUACACUUCAGAAGUCAAAAUUUUGUUGAUUCUCUGUGCUUUCUCAUUGCGAAAUAAAAGUUUUUAUUAAUUUUGUAUCCUCUUGCAAAGAAUAAAACUGAAACGAACCCGCUUAUAUGUAACUUGAAUGAAUAGGGAAAAAUGCAAAAUAAUAGUUUUUUAUUUGGAAAUAUAGAGUAUUUGAAAAAUUAUACAAAAUUUUUCAAUAAUGGAAACCUUAAUUUUGUAAAAACAUUUUUUUAUUAGACUUUAAGUAAAUUAGUCAAAAUUGUUAUUUAUAAAAAAAUGUACAUUUUCGAAUCGUAUUUCCCCUGCUUUUACAUUCUCAUAUUCUGUGUUAUUUUGUUUUGUAUCAAAUAAUGUGUUGUAGUUGAUUGAAAAUUCAUUACAAUGAUUCGUUACGACACUUCUCUCAUUCGUGUGUCUUCGUCAAUGUUUCAAUUCGCUGUUACAAAGAUGAUGUAUAUAUAAAUAUUCAAUCAUUUGUUACAGUAACAAUAAAUUCCAGCAGAUUUGUCAGAAUAA